GCGGGAUGGGGGUGGCUGUCUCCAUGUCUCCCUCAGGAAAAGCCUGGUGGAGCUGGGGGGGAAAGCAGGGUUUCCCCCUGGGUACCAGCUAUCCGCGUUAGCGGGGCCCCUGUCAGAGGCAGCAGGGCCAGGCGGGGGCAGUGAUGCCAUCGCUGCGGGGCUGCGAAGUCCCCCCCCCAGUCAGGGGUGCGGGUUUGCACUGAAAUUAACUUAACCCGAUGGAAGCGGGUCCCAUCGUGACGUCCAAGCAGCGAGAGGAGGUGGUGCACGGCGUGCCGACGGAGGUGGUGUGCACGGCCUUCUCCAACUCGGUCCUCGUGGUGGUCACUCAGUACGGCAAGAUGGGGACCAUCGUCUACGUGGACCCCAACACCAUCGGCGACAACGUGGGCAGGCCCUCGCUCACCACGAAGGUGCUGCUGGGCAAGGAUGAGCCCCUCGUUCAUGUUUGUGCCAAAAACCUGGUGGCAUUCGUGUCGCAGGAAGCUGGGAACAAACCUGUUCUCCUCGCCAUGGCUUUGAAGGACAAAACCAUGGAAGGAAUACAGGCUCUACGAGAAGUGAUCCGAAGUUGCCAAGUGUGGUGAAGUUGUGCCAUCUGGAUUCAAGGAAAUGAUCUUGAGCCCAUGACUCAUCACCACCUAUUUAAAAGGACUAGAAAUGAAAAUGAUGGAAUGUCUUUGUGGUGGUUUUGGACGUCCUGAGGAAUUUCAUGAAUUUUUCUCUACUGUGUAGAACAUUUGUGGGUUUUAUUACUGGGACAGGUUUGCAAGUCCAUAUAGACAGUGGUGAGACGAGAGCAAUUGUCUCAACAUAGAAGUGCUACUUUUAUCAUGGUGGGUGGAUCAUUUUUUUGGGAAAGGGCUCAGCUCUGCACAUGUGUCCUGAGCAGCAGCAGAUGCCAAGCUCUGUAGCUGUGCCAUACCGCAAAGGGGGAACACCCAGAACACCCAGUGCAGAGAGAAUAAAAGAAACAUUGUCAAAUCAAAUUUUACCUGUUUUCUUUUUUGCUCUGUGAGAAUCACUUCAAUUGAAAUACAAACCUUGGUAAAAAAUCAACAGUUGUAUAAUGGGAAA